ACGUUUCAAUCUACAACAGUACUUGUACCCUUGACACUAAACAGACAGUGUGUUUGAUUACGUCAAUUGGCUAUAUAUAAAAAUGAGGAUCAAGAACUUCAACUCUGACUGGUUUUUUGUGUGGGUCGUUCAAAGUUUGUCUUUCGCAAUUUGCGUUGCAGAUACCUGGUUUGGUAGCAAUCAACAGUUUCUGUGUCGAUGUACCGACAACAAAUGUUUACCUGAUGGAACUUGUGCUGAUGGUGCCAGUUGUUUAAGUGAAUGGUUUGGUCCGUCUUGUCAAUAUCAGAAUCUUGUGACAACAGCUACUAUACAACCAAACAACGCUCUGGCAAGUGUUACUGAUGAUACCCAAUGUAACGUUGACCCAGGCAACCAAUACAUGCAAUUGACUUGGAAUAAUUUACAUUUCUUUUCAUUUUUAUGGAUGCGUUUUAAAACACAGAUUAGUAGUGAAAAACUAAACAUCUUUUUCAUAAUAAAUGACGCACCUGUCAAGAAUAUUCAAGUGUUUAAAAUAAAUAACGUGACUGUUGAAGUACGCAGCCAAAAUAUUUCUAUGAUAAACAGUAUAAAGAUAUAUGGCGACAACUUUCAGGAUCUUUGUUCUCUUUAUGUUAACGGAGGCGAGUACAUAUAA